AUGUUGAACCGGGCUGACCCCUACCCCAGGAAGAAGGUUGCCGUCGUCGGCAGUGGCUGCGCUGGAAUCGCGGCCCUGUGGGCACUGAACCGCAGCCCUCACGAUGUCUACAUGUACGAGGCCAGUGGGCGCCUUGGCGGGCACGCUCAAACGGUAGAGUUUACCAAUGGGAAGUACAAGACGAUGGUCGAUACUGGCUUCAUCGUCAUGAACUCGGAAACGUACCCGAACUUUCUCAAUUUCCUCAAGAGGAUCGGCGUCAAGACAGACCCCACCGAGAUGAGCUUCUCGGUGUCGAGGGACCAAGGCCGCUUUGAGUGGGCAGGCUCGAGCUUGGAUGCCCUGUUCUGCCAGCGCGGGAAUCUCUUCUCGCCGAGAAUGUGGCGCAUGCUCUUCGAUAUUUUCCGGUUCAACCAGUUUGCCCUGGAUAUUCUGAAGGCGAAGGAGCCAACCGAGGAGACAAUCGGGGAGUACCUGGACCGAGAAGGCUAUUCGAAUGCGUUCCGUGACAACUAUCUCAUCCCCAUGGCGGCCGCCGCUUGGAACACAAGCCCAGACAAGUUUGCCCUCGACUUCCCGGCAGCGACGCUAGUCCGUUUCUUGUGGAACCAUCAUCUCCUCUCGACCUUUGCCGCCCGGCCCAAGUGGCUGACCAUUUCCACGGGGUCCAAGACGUACAUCGACAAGGUCUUCCAGGGCUUUCCGCCAAACCACCUGCGACUCAACACGACUGUGACAGCGCUCACCAACGAGGCCGACGGGCGUGUGCGCUUGCAUACCCAGGACGGCAAUUCCGAAGUGUUCGACCACGUCAUCUUGGCAACCCACGGCGACCAGGCGUACUCGAUCAUCCGCAACUCGGCAACCGAGGAGGAGAGGUCAAUCUUGAAGAACUUCCGCACCUCGCCGAACGUGGCGGUCCUGCACUCGGACACCUCCCUGAUGCCCAGGUCAAAAACCGCCUGGUCGAGCUGGAACUACAUGACCAGGUCGGCGUCGCCCAACGGCAAGGGCAACAUCAACCAGGUGUCCCUGACGUACAACAUGAACGCCCUGCAGCACAUCCCGCGCGACGCAUUCGGUAACGUUCUGGUGACGCUCAACCCUCUCCACGAGCCAGACCCGAAAACGGUCCAGGGGUGGUACAGCUACCGUCACGCCGUCUACAACGCGGAGACCAUCCGCGCCCAGCAGCAUCUCGACUCGAUCCAGAACACCCGGGGCAUCAGCUACGCUGGAGCGUGGACCAAGUACGGGUUCCACGAGGACGGCUUCAGCAGCGGCCUGCGCGUGGCGGUGGAGCACCUCGGCGCGACCAUCCCGUUCGAAUUCAAGGACUCGACUUGCAGCCGCGGGGAGAAGCCUAGGCUGUCGCUUCUGGACUAUAUCUUUAGAUUGUUGAUUGCGCUUAUCCAGAUGUUCAUCAUUGAGAUUCUGGAUGGGCUGUUGAAUAUGGCCAGCAGAGCGACGACGACCCGGAGGUUGGCAUCGAGGGUCAGUGGUCCAGGGGGUAUCAACGGUCGGUUGCAUGAGAAGGAACAUUAG